CUCGAGUUUGUGUUGGGCUCGAGCCUGCCCACCUGGCUCGCUCGUGCUCGGCUGGCAGUUUCUAUUAUAACUGCGCCGCCGCCUUCCCCUGCUCCUCUGCUGCCUCUUCGAAUCGGGCACAAGAGACUGGGAGUAGAGGGCAGCCCAACGGAUUGGACGAUUGGUAUCGAAUCUUUUCCUCAACCCGUCGAUUGGAGUUGCUCCGCACUAUGGAAAUCCUCUGAUCUGGUGAACUGAGUAUAUUUCUGGUAGAAAGGAACUUGGUCAAUAAAAUACCUUCUGAGGCAAUAUGACAUCGGUAGGUCUACUAUCGUCAGGUUAUGAAGCGAGUACCAGUGGAACCACUGAUCGAUUGCCAGAUGAGAUGAAUGGCAUGAGCAUAAGGGAUGAAAAGGAGGUGGAAGCUGUUGUUGUCAAUGGCAAUGGGAUGGAGGUCGGUCAUACAAUCGUGACAACUGUUGGUGGAAGAAAUUCACAGUCGAGGCAGACUAUUAGUUACAUGGCAGAACGUAUCGUGGGGCAAGGUUCAUUUGGAGUUGUCUUCCAGGCCAGGUGUCUGGAAACUGGUGAGAGAGUAGCUAUAAAGAAAGUUCUUCAAGACGUGAGAUACAAGAACCGUGAGCUGCAAACAAUGCAAGUUCUUGAUCACCCAAAUGUUGUAUGCUUGAAGCAUUACUUCUGCUCAACGACUGAUAAGGAAGAGCUUUACCUCAAUUUGGUGCUUGAAUAUGUGCCAGAAACUGUUCACCGUGUUAUUAAACAUUACAAUAAGAUGAACCAACGGAUGCCGUUGAUUUAUGUUAAACUCUAUAUGUAUCAGAUUUGUAGAGCUUUGGCUUACCUGCACAACUGCGUAGGGGUAUGCCACAGGGAUAUAAAGCCACAGAAUAUUCUGGUAAACCCACAUACCCAUCAGCUGAAGUUGUGUGACUUCGGCAGUGCCAAAGUCUUGGUACGGGGUGAACCAAAUAUUUCAUAUAUUUGUUCUAGAUACUACAGAGCUCCGGAGCUCAUAUUUGGUGCUACAGAGUACACAACAGCCAUUGAUGUGUGGUCUGCUGGUUGUGUUCUUGCUGAGCUUCUUCUAGGGCAGCCUGUUUUCCCUGGGGACAGUGGUGUCGAUCAGCUUGUUGAAAUUAUUAAGGUUCUAGGUACUCCAACACGGGAUGAAAUUAAGCGAAUGAAUCCAAACUACACCGAAUUUAAGUUUCCGCAAAUCAAAGCUCAUCCAUGGCACAAGAUCUUCCACAAAAGAAUGCCAUCUGAAGCUGUAGAUCUUGUUUCACGGCUUCUGCAGUACUCACCAAACCUUCGGUGCACUGCAUUGGAGGCGUUAGUCCAUCCGUUCUUUGAUGAACUGCGGGACCCAAACUCACGUUUACCAAAUGGUCGUUCCCUUCCCCAUCUCUUCAAUUUUAAGCCUAAUGAGUUGAGAGGAGUACCGACGGAGUUUGUUGUGAAAUUGAUCCCCCAGCAUGCUAAGAAGCAAUGUGCCUUAGGAAUUUGAUGAGAAAGCAGUUCACCUUUUUUCAGAAAAGAAAAAAAGAGAGAAAAAGGAAGCAGCAGUUGAGAGGUUACCUGAAAAUUUAUUGCAUCAACGUUCUGUUGAACCGCAGAGUAACAGUAGCCUACAGUAUUAUCGGGUAGGCAGUGGAUGCUGUUAUCUUUCACGCCGGCCUUUUGACAUCGCAUUGUUGUUCUACCACGUUGGUGAGACCUUUCACCACAUUCUGUAAAGCAGAUGGAGACAUAGAUCGAGCGGUCAUCCGUUCUUGUGGUCUGUAUAUUGGUAUGCCCAGAUCAUGAGAAAACCGAUUCGUUGCAUAUCUUUUCUUUUUUUUUUUGGUGAGAUUGAUUUGUUGCAUGUCUGUAUCACCAAAUGAAACAAAAACUCAUAUGUAUACUUGAUCUGGAUUCUGUAUCAGUAGUAAGCUACAUGGGAGUCAAACCCUGUCUUUCUCUAAUAGUAGUGAACAGGGAAAGGUCAUCCACAGAUGAUGUCUUUUUCAACUGAAGUUAUUGUUUUGUAUUUCAACUGAA